GCAGAGCGAGCGCGCGCGCCGCCGUUGUUCGCGUCGCUUCGAGCGCGCGCGCGCAGUCUCCCUCGCGCUGCUACGCGUGACGGGAGAUUUAAUAAACAAACUGCAGCGCCGUUCAAACACUCAAAACGUUACAGUCACAGUGCAAAACGUUUAAAGGCAAACCGCUCGGUUAAUAACAGCAUCGGGAGCGACGACAAUCCCCUCAGUUUUGGAAGCGUUUUUUUUUAAAAGCGCGCAGCGAAACUUGUGAGACAGCUGUUCUUGUCCCCCCCCCCCCCCCUUCUUAAUUAAAGGGAUGUCAAAAACGUGAGAAGCGUCCGAGAUUACGCGGCAAGCCACUAAGUCCCCGGUGAGCGAGGCGCCGUGCUGAGAGCGACCGGGCGCGCGCCCCUCCCCCCCCCACCGCGCGUAACGAUGGGCCUCGGAGGGGCCCACCUGCCGGUGCUGCCCCCGACGGCCCUCAUCCUCCUGGCCUUGCUCCGCCCGACUCCGCUCUGCUGCUUCCCUGAGGACCCCAAGCCCAUCAGCGUCUUGGACGCCAAAUAUAGCAGUCGUUACCCGGUGUUUCUGGGCCACCGGGUGCAGGAGAACGACAGCAUUGGGGAGACCCGUUCACACCGCCUCGAUUACCAGCUCAUGUUAAAGCUCGAUCGUUUGCUGCUCGUCGCUGAGAGAGAUCACAUCUAUGGCCUCGACUUGGACGCGCCCCUAUCAGAUGAGAUAUAUUACGACAAGAGGCUAACUUGGAGGUCAAGUAAACAGGAGAGGGAGACGUGCUUCAUGAAGGGUAAACAGGAGGCGGAGUGCCGGAACUACAUUAAAGUGCUGCUCAGGAGAGGAGACAACAGCAUGUUCGUGUGUGGCACCAACGCCUUCAACCCCAUGUGCAGGAACUACCUGCUUGACACCUUGGAGGUGGAAGGAGAAGACAUCAGUGGCAUGGCAAAGUGUCCCUACGAUUCACGGCAGAGCAACGUGGCACUCUUUUCUGAUGGAAUGAUGUAUUCUGGAACGGUCACGGACUUUCUGGCGAUAGAUGCAGUCGUGUACAGAAGUAUGGGUGGGGGUCCUACACUGAGAACUAUCAAGCACGACUCAAAGUGGCUCAAAGAGCCCCAUUUUGUCCACGCCGUGGAGUACGGGGAGCACGUCUACUUUUUCUUCCGUGAGAUCGCCGUGGAGUACAGCGUCUUCGGCAAGGUGGUGGUGUCGCGCGUGGCGCGCGUGUGCAAGGACGACGCCGGCGGCUCGCAGCGCGUGCUGGACAAGCAUUGGACGUCCUUCGUUAAAGCGCGCCUUAAUUGCUCCGUCCCCGGCGACACUCACUUCUACUUUAAUGAGCUACAGGCCCUGACGGACAUUAUCACCAUCAACGGCAGAGACGUAGUGCUGGGCGUCUUCACCACCCCUGCCAACAGCAUCCCAGGCUCUGCCGUGUGUGCGUUCGACAUGGAGGAACUGCUCAGCGUCUUCCGCGGCCGGUUUAAGGAGCAGAAAAGUUCCGAUUCGGGCUGGACCACAGUGCCCGAGGACAAGCUUCCCAAACCCAGACCGGGAUGCUGCGCCGGCUCUGAUUUUGCCGACGAGUACAAGAGUUCCUCGGACUUCCCCGACGACACCCUGGCCUUUAUAAAAACCCACCCGCUGAUGGAGGAUGCCGUGGGCUCCAUCACAGAGCAGCCUUGGUUCAUCAGAACCCUCGUCAGAUACCGGGUGACCCGCCUGGCAGUGGACCCCUCGGCAGGCCCGCACGGCCGCCACACAGUGCUGUUCCUGGGUUCUGAGAUGGGCCUGGUGCUGAAGGUGUUGUCAUGGCCACCACCUGGACCCGACUCGCCUGGCAGCCUCCUCCUCGAGCAGAUCGACGUCUAUAACCCCAAACUGUGCAACAGAGGGGACAAGGAAGACCGCCGCAUCCUGGGCAUCCAGCUGGACGUCGAGAGCCACACGCUCUUUGUCGCCUUCUCCGCCUGCGUCGUUCGCUUGCCGCUGAGUCGCUGCGAGCGCCACGCCAGGUGUAGGAAGAACUGCAUAGCGGCACGUGAUCCAUACUGCGGCUGGCAGGACGACUCCUGCGCCCGAAUCAUCUCGCACACGACGGAUCUCUAUGAGCAGGAUGUGGACUUUGGUGACACGAAAGGGAUGGCCGAUUGCCAAGUGACAGAGGUGGCCCAUGGCGCUGCCGCCGCUGACACCGUCGGAACGGAGGCCCCCCUUAGGCCCCCGCAUGUGGGCCGGGUGGCACUCGGUCGGUCCUGGUCCCCUGACCGGCGCCGGCUCGACGCCGAUGACCUUGCGGAGGCGCUGCCCACGGGCGCGCUUCCCCCCGAUGGUGUCGUGCGCGAGACCCGAGUGGCGGAGAGCAGCUCGCUGGUGCCAGCGGCGCUGCUCGCCAUCUGCGUGGUGUCGGCGUUCGUGUUAGGCGCCGUCCUCGCCGUGCUCGUCACCUACUGCUACGUGGGCCGCCGGCGCCGCGAGCGCCACUCCAAGGCGCCCUCGGACAGCCCGCCGGGGCGGCUGUACGGAGCGCCGCAGCCCCGCGACCUCCACCCCGCCGCGCGGGGCGUGCCGGCGCCGCCGCACAAGAAAAACGGCGUCCUCGUGGGCGCCGCCUGCGAGGACAAGGACGGCGCCGCCCAGCGCAAGAAGCCCAAGUCCGAGCUGCUGCUGCUGCAGCAGCAGCAGCAGCAGCAUCGCCAGCACCUGAUUGCGCCCGUCGGCACGGCCCUGCUGGCGGUGCCGGGACACGACAAGCAGGCGCGCGUGCCCAACGGGGUGCGCAAGCCCCCCGAGGCGUUGACGUCGCCGCCGCCGCCGCCGGCGCCGCACCCGGAGCUGCCGGGGCUGCCGACGCCCGAGUCGACGCCCGUGCUGCAGCUGAAGAGCGCCGCCGUGGGCAGCAACAAUAACGAGUACGACGCGGCCGCGCAGGGCUACGGCGUCGUCGUUGUCCAGGAGAGGGACGGCCACUCGGGCUCCAGCGACUCGUCGGGCCGCGGCUCCAACCGCCACUCGCUGCAGCGCUGCCCGCAGCGGGUGCCGCGCGCCCUCAUCCUGCCCACGGAGCGCGGGCGCAGCUUCCUGUACGGCGACGUGUGCGACAGCGACUCGGAGCGCGGCGUCCGCCUCGGCGCAAUCUUCCCCACGGUCGAGUCUCCCCAGGGCGCGGUGGUGGGGGGCCACGGCUCCCCGGGAUGGGCGUUGCCCCGGCCGCCGCCGGCGGGGGGAGGCUCCUUCUCGCCGCACGCAAAGAGGCCCCAGGACGUCCUGGACGUGGCCGCGGGCGGCGAGCGGGCGGAGAGCAGAGGGGGGGAGGUGGCCGGGUUGGACGGCGGCGGUGGCGUCGAGUCGCCGGACUCCUCGCACGAGACCCCGCCGCGGGUGCCUCACAGGGACGUGUCGCUCAAGCGCACGCCCUCGCAGCACACGCCGAGCCGGCGCGUCGACGUGCCCUCCUCUGGAGGCCCGAUGCUCGAGCGCCGGCCCAGCACGACGCGCUCUGGGAGCAGCUCGGGGUCACUGAGCCGCAGCCACAACCACAACCACAGCCACCACCGGCAGCAGCAGCAGCAGCAGCAGCAGGGCUCCAGCAACUACAGCGGUGGGAACGGGGGCGGCGGUGGCUUAGGCGUGCCGUCUUGCACGAUGAUUGUGCCGGCGACGUCUUGCUGCAGUCCUCGGCUGGCGGUCGGCCGGCCGCCGCCAGCGCCAGCGAGAACUGACUCGAUACGGUCACGGACGGAUGCCGCCCUGGAGACGGCGCUGGCGUACGCCAACGCGCGGCAGCACCCGGUGUGCCGCGCCGAGUCGUGCCGCGUGCGCCCGGUAACGCGCGCCGAAUCGAUGCGCGCCGCCACCUAUCAGCAACAGCAGCAGCAGCAGCAACAGCAGCCUCAUUUGGCUUCUCCCUCAUCGGCCUCUUCCCCAUCAGCAUCGCUCAUCGGUACUGGCCUGCACAUGGCCACGACGCCGAACGGAGGAUACCAUUCUCUGCCGAGGGGUACCCACGGUAGGAGGGGGCACGUGGCCAGGGUCGCCAAGCCUGAUGUGCCGCCCAAGCCUUUCUCCAACGUUGCUUCCCUGACAGUGGCAAGCCAGGCGGCCGGGCCUUCGCACCAGUUUGAGUAUUAAAUCAUCGUGUAAGGGGCUGCGUCCGCAAGGUGUUCAUCCUUGUACAUUUAAACGUCAUGCAUUUUAAUAGCUGCGCCCGUUCGUGCCUGGGUGCGCGGCCUUUCGCGAGAGGGACUCGUUGCCACCACGGGUGGCCCGUGUGCUGGCGUGGCGCGUAAGAGAGCGGGUGAUUUUAAACGGGUGGAGUUAAGUCGUUUUAAAAGUGCCACGUGACACCGAGCUGAAGGUCUUGCACAGCUGUGCUGUGCGCUUUGGUAGCGGGUGUUGCAAGCGAGCGGUCGACCGAGCGGACUGAGGGAAUUUGCGAAUGGAAGAGGUCACAAAUGGCCAGCCCCAUCACUCCCGACUCUAGGAACAUUUUGUACAUUUUACAGAUUACGUCAAUGUGAAAUGAACACGAGUAAAAAGAAAAUGUGCGUUCAGAAAAGGAGAGAAAGGACUAUUCCACGUAUAUAUUUUGUUAUUCAUGAUUGAAAAGAAAAAGCUAAAAAAAAUGGAAUAUAAAAUUAAACAAAAAAAAUUACCUUACCAUUCAUCGUCAAGUGUUCUAGUUUAUUUCAACAUAACCUACCAGAAGUAGAAGCAAUGAUUCAGUAGAAAUCUGCAAAAGCAGAGAGUAGCCAAUUUAAAAUCAGGAAACCGUGAACGUGUUUCUGUAUCGCUUAAAUUUGACGAAUACUGUACUCGGAAUUGUUUGUCGAACAGCUGUGCGCUUUUUCCCUGCACACUGAGUGGAGGGUGACGCGUCGGCCAUCACCGUGGCCCCAUAGCGCACGCUAUGGGGCCACUACUGACACGCGUCCCUUCAUUUACUACUGUUUGUGUUCACUGGUGAAGUAACGCUCGAAGCCCAGGACAUCGCGCAAAACUGGGUGUAGAUGAGGGCCGGGCUUAGGGGUCAGUACCUUCUGCCAAUUUGAAGGUGCAUUUGGCAGCUAUGUGGCAUGUGGUGAAGGUAGUGCUUGGUGCACAUGUCUUGUGGCAGCUAUCGAAGGAGUAAUCAGACAGAGUUAGCGGGGGGGGGGGAAGGGUAGGUGGGCCCAGGGGGGUGCUAGGAUCGUGUACGCUUACACAGUGGUUUCUUUUUUUACGUAGGGGAAAAAAAACCCUCUAAAAUAGUGCAUUAGAAUAACUAAAUUAUUUUAAUCGAUAGUGCACUUAAUGCAGCAUUCGUGCCAGGUUUUAUUCCCAGGCGUACUAUAAAAUUAAUAAUGUACAGCUCUUCGUCAAUCCACUGAUUGCUGUAGGCCUCCGCACGCCAAUUGAAUUGUGAUUUUUUUUUUACCAUACUUCACAAUGUUAGACCGUGGCAAGUUGGUGAAGGAGCAGUUGAGAUGCCACUCGCCACUGAUGUUAGCCGUGACCGGGAAAUGAAACUCAAGUCGCUACCAUCGUCGCACGGUGCCCAGUUUAACCACUGCGCCAGCGCCUCCCCCUAAUAACAACAACUGAGACGAUAAAUGUGCAUCUGAUUUUAAACACACAACACCGGCCCGUUGACGUUAGGCCAGGCGAGGUUGUGGGUGCAAGAGUGCACGGAAUUGACAGUACCGCAACUCCCUUUCUUCAUUGGGGCAUUUGAAGAUUUCAUUAACAACAAUUUAUAUUUUAACCUCGACGGUAGCCUAUUACACUGUUGUUUGCAAGAGAGGGGGCGGUGGGGGGGCUGGGGCCGGGUGGCGGGGGGAGUAGCUCACGCAGCCGUCUUAACGUACGCCUGCGCGCGUACGUGACCUGGUUGCAACGCUGCACAGGUUGAGCGGCGCCCAUUGGUCCCCGCCGCUGCUGCUGCUGCGGCUGCACCGGAUGAGCGCCUCGAGCGUGUACGCUCCGCGCGUAUCCUUCGGCAAUUAACGCCUCCGUGCGUGCGCUCGUUUGGUGCGGUGAGGGGGGCGGGGGGGUUACGGUGAAAAAACUUGGCGUGGCGGCGAGACAGUCGUAGAGUCCGGGUUUCGCCAGUGGCCGUGUUGAUGUGGCUCAGAUCGCUGCACCGGAUUUACCGAUUAACACAUUCCUCGGCGGGUGAUGCGAGGGGUUCAUUUCAAUUAAUUUAUCCGUCCAGAAUACAGAAUGAGAUGCUGAGAAACAAGAAGGUUCUUGCUGCCAAGGUCCCGAGGGCAAUACAUUGCCGGCCGGGCUCUGUUUUCUUGCCCCUCUGAUGAUUAGCUGCCCGUGUCAUGCAGAUAAUUAUACGGAUUCUGGGUAGCCGAGUGGUCCGCGUGUUGUGGCCAGUAAGCCAACGGUGCACAGAGCUAAUUGGUGCAUGUAAUUGACAAAUUGUGUGGUCUGCUCCUCAUAAGAAGCUGUGACGGCAUUUGCAAGAGUACGCCAGCGUGUGCUAAUUAAAUGUGCGGCCAAAAUGACGAAGCUUCACAUUGCGUUCAAGAAAAAAAAACUGCCUUUCACGUAACGAAUGUGAUCAGAAUCCCCCUUUGCUGACGAGAACACAGUUCAUCGAGUUGCUGCUUGUUUAGAAAAUCGAUUUUUCCUGACUUUGACACGGGGUGGCUUGGAGUGGAGUUUUACAAGUGGCUCAGGGUAAAUAGUUCACGUUUUUUGUGUUAUUACAUUAUUUACAUCACAAGCACCACGCGAGUACACGGAGGGUGCCUUGAUUGAAUUCCUGUGCAACGUUUUGCAGACGUUAAAAAAUAUAUAUUCCUCGAUACCUUUGUCAAGGAAGAGUUACCGCACACUGCCGCUGUUACCACUCCCAAUUAAGCGUUGGUCCAGUGUUAAAAUUCCCCAAAAGGAAAAAGUGCUUCCAUAUAAACAAUCCACACAUUGAGUAAUUAGAACACGGUUUCGUUUAUAUAUAUAGCACAAAAAUAAGAACCUUUUAAACAAGUGCGGAGUUGUGCGACCAGCGUGCGAUAGGGAGGAAGCACUUCCACUUUGGUGAUCGACACCACCACACACCCCGGCAGCGUUUGUUGCUUUCUCCCCCGCAGCAUCUGUGGUUCCAGGUGCUCAUUUGAGGCUGAGCUAACCUGGAGGGGGCCCUUGCUGGGUACUGAGGUCAAACUCUUAACACGGGUCACCGGAGUGUGUGAGCACAGUGUGCGAUAAGGAUCUCUGCAAUACAGGAAGACUUGGCUCCGUUAGUUCCAGGUCGUGACUUUAACAUUGAACCCUGCGUAACCUUGCAAAUAAUUUUGUAUCUACAUGUAUACAUUUAUUUUAAUACUAUAAUCACAAAAGCACACAGUCCAACUCCCACCCCAGACGUUUCACGUAGCAGCUCUCCCCGUGCGCGAAUGGAGGGACACUUUGUUUUCCUUUGCUUUAUUUUCUAUCUCGGGAGUUGAUUUGGUCGCGGCGCGUAGUCCAGUAACUCCACCCCUAAGCUUUGCGAAAGGUCCUGAAGCUCACCCGACGCCAGCCUCGAGCGCGCGUGCCGCGUUGGGGGUAAUGCAAAACGCUCGGCACGACCUGGGCGGCCUUGCGAAAAAUUCUCAGCGCCCGCCUUUGCAACGCUCAGCGGAGCCGCUUCCGUAUGCGGAGCGUGCCCCCCCCCCCCACCCCAAAACACGCUGACGUAGUGGAGGCGUUGUGUGUGUGAGUUGGGCACUGGGAAGCCGGGUGAGGAAUAUUACGAGAUGACGAGGCCGCGUGACAAAGUGUCCCGUCGCAGACUGCACUCCCAACUCGCCGCGUGUCUUGGCGGCGUGGCGCUACGUCGCCGUCGGUCCAUACGGGCGUAGGAUAAAUAAUAAGCCGUUCCGUUUUAACAAAGGCGAAGGUUUUGUUUUUUACGUAUGCAUAGCUUUAACAAAAAUAAUAGAGCCCCGUUGUUCAUGCGUAUGUGAUGAUGAUGAUAAUAAUACAGAGGCUUGUAAUAUUGUGUUAUCAGUCACUUUUUGUAAAAAAAAAACUAGACAAAAAAUUGCACAGACUACUGUGAAAACUGACUUGCCCUUACAUUUGACUACAUUGCUUGAAGAGAAUGUUGCUUCCAAAAUGUUAUAACAUGAAUAUGUUUAUUUUUACAUAUGAAUUGUGUAUUUCACCGUUUAUUUUACGAAGUUUCCUUUAAGCAAGAGAGGUGCAAUGUGCUUGCUGUAUAUAUGUACACGGUGUGCGUACACACGGAGCCGGCUUUUCAUUUGUGCCUUCAUUUGUUUGCUAUGUCGCACACGGAAGUGCCGCUUCUCGGGACGGACGCGUGUUCUUCUGUUCACUUUCGUUUGCGUCGGUGCCCUGUGACUCUUACUAAUCGUUGAAAUUGUUGGGUCGUUACUGCGUUCUUCCACGGACCCCUCACACUGCAGUGAGAAUAUACUUUCCGUGGCUACCGGCCGUGUGCCUGCUAAUCAAAUGCACGGAUUAAAAUGCACAGGAAAAGUGAUGGUUCCUUGGGUGUUGUGCGACCCCACUUGGGCGUUGAUCAUCCCAGAGGAGGACGGCAGGGGUGCCCAGCACACCAUGGUCUUUGGAAGUUCUAAAUGUCCUUUCGACCGAGCGCAAGUUGUGGAAAUCCAUACUCAUCACGUCCACUGCCUUCCAGCAUACUGAUGCCACUGAAAAUAAUUGUAGUUUAUAUGUGGGAGAGACAAAAUAUGAAUUGUUUUUUGGGUUGGGGGGGGGGGGGGUUGUUCUCCUAAACAGAGAAAAACAAUUGCCGUUUUGGCUGGCUGGCAGUGUCGAGCACAGAAUUGAGCCCCAUCUUGAAGGAGGGCAUCUGUUUGAAUGUUGAUUCCGUCCUCUUGUUUUUCAAUGAUCUAACGAAAUGAGUUUUCCUUUCUUUAAAUUAACUCGUUUCUAACUUGUGUAUCUGAUAAAUUGAGUGUCCGCUAAGUUGAAUUUUUAUGAGGUUCACCGUUCCCAAGUUCAGCACACUCGAGUACAAAUCUUCCUUCGCCUUUUCACGUGUGUCGCGUUUGGCAGAUGUUCGCGACUUGAUGAGGAUUGCAACAAGUGCUUCCAGUUAUAGCCACAAGUGCUGCUUGCAAUCACCUUAUUUUGCCGGCAAGCAAAGCUCUCGGCUCAUUUAACGCGGCGUAAGCUUACGCGGCGUUAAGCGCACCGAGGUGUGUACGGUAUAUUGUACCUGUGUCCCAAGUGUGUGGCAGCACCAUGGGAACAUAACGUUUCUCCAUCCUCUCCCGUACAAUCACGGGCAGUGGUGUUGUUGCCUUUUUCACCGAAAUAUUUACUCCAUAUUUGAAGAGGUAAACAGUUUUACACACGCAAGCGAAAACAAACGAACCCAAAUCUCGGCAAAUUUUUCCCCAUCACGCUCGCAAAAAUCAAAUUGAGGUUUCCGAAAUUCCACGGCGGAACAUGAUCGGCCAAAACGCCACAGGUCCUGCGCACCGAUACUACCCUGACGUGCAGAACGGUGUCCUCAUUCUGCAGGGUGUGCGGGGCAGUGAUUACCGCCACUGUUGCAAGUGGCAUUGUGUUUUUUUGCGUCAGGAAUUUAAGGGCAAAGUUUUACUCGCGUGAAUAUCCCCUGCGCUUGUCUGCCAGGCAUUGGUGAACACGUUCAGGCCUCAGAUGAUAAAAUGGAGCCUCUCAAUUCAAGUUUAUUGUGAGAACCACA